UUUUAAGGCCAUCUUAUCGGAGGGGAGAAAUGUGAUAAAAAUGUACUACACAAUUUUUACUCAAACAAGGAAAUUAAUGCACACACAAAAAUACAAUAAACGUAUAUAUUAUAGAAUCACAUAUGUAUUAUACAAUUUGUUAUAUUUAUCAACAAUAUCAACUGUCUUCUUAGUCUUCAUUCCUUCUCAUCCGAUUCGCUCGAAGACUUUGUCUCCUUUUCUUCCAACAAAGCCUCACUUUCAACCUUUUCAGCCUCCUUUUCAUUCUUUUCCUUGUUUGAUUCUUUGUCGUCUUUUUUACGGACAGAAAUCGUUACAGAUUUAG